AAAAAAAUGUUUGGCCUUGUUAUCACUAGAUUUCUAGAUCCCAAUAUGCAUGUUGGGAAGACAUCAUGUGUAUGCAUGGCUUGUUUAUAUAUAGAAACACCAAACAACUACGUACUAUGUACAAGAAUAUAUACAAAAUUAAGGUUAGAAGACAAGGUUCUGAUCGAACAAGCUCAGCUUGUAAAACGAAGCCAUCAUAGAAGAUGGUAAUUAAAAACGGUCGAACCAAAUUUGGUUGGUAGAGUUGCACAUGUAGUGUGAGAUUGGAAGGUUAUUGAGAAUCAUAUUCUCCAACAUUUAAAAUGGAGAUCAUCAGGUGUGGCCCUUUCUUUUAUUGUCUGCUCAACUUUUCCAUUAUCUUACGCCAGAUAUCGCCUAUUAAUCCAGAAAUCCACGCAUUUCUUUUUUUAUUCUUUUUUAUCCCAAUCUUUCAAUCAUUUGUAGGAACUUUGACUAACCCCAGCCCAUGUUAUGCUUAACUUAUUUUCUGUCCUACAGCAUGGCAAUAAAUUAUACAAUAUAUUCUUGUUACCGAGCUCAUCACCGAAAACCUUGGCCAGAUAACGAACGCACGUCCCACAACCGGCACCUAGCUAGAAAAGCAGCCUUUAUUGGCAAAAAAAAUAUCAAACACCAAGGCCACAGUGUCCCCUAGGGGCUAGGAUCUUUAUUUCUUUAUCUCAACCACCACUAUUAUUCACGUUAACAAACAGGUGAAAAAAAGGCCCAAAUUCAAUCCUCUAUGGCAUCAAAUUUCCUGUAUAAGUAACCAACCCUCAACCACACAUACUGGCAAAAGGACGGCAACAAAAAGUGAUGGAAACUCGCGGCCUCAUUCUUUUGUCAUCUUUGCUUCUUCCUCUCCUCCUAACUACUACUUCAGCUCAACUUAGAAGUGACUUCUACAAAAACACAUGCCCCAAUGUUGAAGCAUUAGUCCGAUCAGCUGUCACAAAGAAGUUCCAGCAGACCUUUGUGACUGUUCCAGCCACUCUUAGGCUCUUUUUCCACGACUGCUUUGUCCGGGGUUGUGAUGCUUCAGUGUUACUUUCCUCGACAAACAAUGCAGCAGAGAAGGAUCACCCUGAUGACAUUUCUCUUGCUGGUGACGGAUUUGACACUGUGAUCAAAGCUAAGUCGGCCGUUGAUAAUGAUCCUCAGUGCACAAACAAAGUUUCCUGUGCUGAUAUACUAACUCUGGCCACUAGAGAUGUGGUAGCAUUGGCAGGUGGGCCAUCUUACACAGUCGAAUUGGGGAGACGUGAUGGGAGAAUAUCUACUAUUGGGGGCGUUCAAAACCAUCUUCCUCAUCCUGAUUUCAAUUUAGAUCAGCUCAAUGCCAUGUUUAGUUCACACGGUCUCACCCAGACAGAUGUUAUUGCAUUAUCAGGUGCGCACACAGUUGGGUUCUCUCAUUGCAGCCGUUUCUCCAAACGAAUAUACAGAUUCAGCCCUCAAAACCGGAUUGACCCGACACUAAAUUUAGCCUAUGCUUUACAACUAAGACAGAUGUGUCCAUUAAAAGUUGACCCCAGAAUCGCCAUUAAUAUGGACCCAACCACACCUCAGACAUUCGACAAUGCCUACUACGGAAAUCUUCAGCAAGGAAAAGGUCUCUUCAACUCUGAUCAAGUAUUGUUUACAGAUACAAGGUCCAGACCCACUGUCAACUUAUUUGCAUCAAACAAUGAAGCUUUUAAACAGGCCUUCGCAAGUGCUAUCACAAAACUAGGCAGAGUAGGCGUUAAGACUGGAAAUCAAGGUGAGAUUCGACGUGAUUGCACGAGGGUGAACUAGAAGGGAGUUUCCCUUUUUCCCUCGAUCAACUUUCUUUUCUCUUCAAGUUACGUACGAUUUUAGUUUCUUGAUCAAGCUUUGUGAUUUGCCAAGGUAUCACUAUCUGUAAGAGCAUCUCUGAUAUUUCAGUCUUACGAACUUGUGAUUGUGAGUUCAGAAUGUAAUAAUGACUAGUUCAGUCCAGGGACAAACAAGUACGUGAAAGUGAUCAUUUUCUAAGAACAAUUCCAUUCACUUGUAA